AUGCCUGGUGUAGACUGGAAUAUCUCUAGUGCUUUUUCAUGCAAGAGCAGGAGUCUAAUUGAUGCCCUUAAAGGAGCAUCUCUGAAACAGCAAGUUAAGUCACCAACCAAAAGAGAUAAAAUUCUAGAUUUAGUCUUCACAAGUGGAGAUCUGGUGCUUGAGGUUAAGGUGGAAGAACAUUGGGGUUCAGUGACCACCAAUGCUUAUGAUAAUCUUCUGGACAGUGGGGUGAUUAAUGUCCAAUUGUUUGGCAAUAAUGUCCAAUUGUUUGGCAAUCUUGUCCAGGUGAUCUUUAUCAAACUGCAGACAGGGAGCAAUGUUCUUACUGGAGAGCAGCAACUUUCUUCUUGCAAUCCUGCCAUGCACACCAUUGUUGUUCAGUGUCCUCCUGAUGAUGGACUCAUAAACAUUAGCCAGUCUAUGAUAAAUCCCCCCCCACAAUUUGGAAUAGCCAAGUCAAAGCCCAGAACUUAUUCCAACAGGAAUGUUGUAGAACAGGACCUGUGUGAUAAUGAAUUUCAGGGAAAAAUCUAUUCCGAAGAGAAUGAAAAUGGGAGAGAUCCAUAUGAUAACUACUCAUCAGGAGAUAAUUUUUUGAUAACUGCAUCAGAGAUUCCCUCUAGAACAAAUGUCCCAGAAGGACAUUAUACAGAUGAAGUUACAUUCUCUGGCUACUAUCCGGACACACAGCUUGUACCAGAACAAUCAGGUCCUUACCCAUAUCCCACAGAAUCAUUUUUUGCAGCAAGAGAUGUGACUACAAUUACAACAAUAUUUCCAUAUCAUGGCCGCACCACCCCAAGUGAGAAUGAGAAUAGUUUACCAGCACCAGAGCUUUCCUACCAGGAUGAAGCAACAAACUUAAUUGAAGAAUUACGGGUAUCAAGUAUUUCUGGAGUGAGAAUCGUUACUGGAUCACAAAAUAAUAUGAAAGCAUAUCAACUUGGCUCAAGAGCCCAUGUUACAAGACAAUCACGGCUUAUUUUCCCAUAUGGAGUACCACAGGAAUUUUCCUUGAUCUCCACUUUUAGAAUAAAAGAAAAGACACCGGGAGAGGUUUGGAAUCUAUUGCAGAUUGAGUCAAGAACUGGGAUUGAACAAUUCAGGCUGCGACUUUAUGGGGAAAUGAAUGCUGUAGAUGUUUACAGUGUAGCUGCGUCAGGGCGAGAUAAAGUAAUAACAUUCGAGAAUGUGGACAAACUCUUCGAUGGAAAAUGGCACAAGCUGUCCUUGAGUGUUCGGAGAAAUCAGUUUACUCUCUAUGUGGAUUGCCAACAAGUUGGAUCUUCGCCUGUCAGUCUGUAUGGCACAAUCAAGACAGAUGGAAUCAGCACUAUGGCUCGUAAAUUGAAAGAUGAUGCUACAGCUAAUAUUGACAUACAACAAUUGGAUAUUUUAGCUGACGCAGCAAGAGCAGAGGAAGCUACAUGUUGUGAAUUAACCGGACUAGUAAGUUUAUUGUGUUCAAAUUUAGGUCAAAAUGAAGCACCAACCGGUUGCAACUGCCUCCCUGGGGAACCAGGCUUUUCUGGAUUUCCUGGAUCAAAAGGUGAAAAAGGCAAACAAGGAUCAGUAGGUUAUGGAGGAGUUUACGGAAGACAAGGAUAUAAAGGAUCUAGGGGAGCACAAGGAAGAAGAGGUGAUACAGGGCCCAGGGGAGACCCAGGUCAAGAUGGUUCUGACGGUCCUUCUGGGUUCGCAGGAGACAUUGGCUAUGUUGGUGUUCCUGGAGAAAAGGGAAUACAAGGCUUACCAGGAAAGAAGGGUGAACCUGGACUUACAGGGCCACAAGGAGAAUCUGGUGAGAAAGGAGAUAUGGGUGCCAUUGGCAAGAUUGGUAAUACUGGUAUAGAUGGGCCUCCUGGUGGAAAGGGAUCUCGAGGGCUACUGGGAAAGCAAGGACCUGAGGGACCAAAAGGACAGAAGGGGGAUGCUGGUGCUCCUGGGUUUUUCGGAAGCAUUGGAGAUCUAGGAUAUGUGGGCAUAACAGGAUUGUCUGGCAUACCUGGCUUCCGUGGGACCGAUGGGAAAGAUGGAGUUAAUGGAGUACGAGGCAAAGAAGGUGAUUUGGGAAUAAUGGGACCAAAGGGAGACAAGGGAGACAGAGGGCCACCUGGUCCCCCAGGUAUUGAAGGACCAGAGGGUGCCAUGGGUUCAAGAGGUGAUGAUGGGAUCCCUGGAAAACCAGGACCACAGGGUCUCGGAGGUCCCAAGGGUUCACAAGGGGAUACUGGAGAUGAUGGCAUACAGGGUGAAAAGGGGAGACAAGGUGCAACAGGAAAGACUGGAGCCAAGGGGGAUCCAGGUGACACUGGAGACAAGGGUUCUCAAGGAAAACGGGGUCAUGCAGGACCAUCAGGUCAGGUGGGCAGGACAGGCGCUCCUGGAUCACCAGGCCCCAGAGGCCAUCUUGGACCAAUUGGAGAUCGUGGAGAACAAGGUCCUCCUGGGCCUCCUGGAGUACCUGGACAACAAGGACCUGACAUGCCAGAUCAGCUAGUGUAUGAAUUGUGCCGCAAGGUUGUAAUAGAGGCAACAAUAAAGUACGCAGCCAGCAUAAGAGGAAAGUGUGCCAGUGGUUGUCCCACAGCAGGGGUGUCCUUGAUAGGACCACCAGGACCUCCGGGCGUUACAGGAAAAGCUGGAAAGAAGGGAAAACUAGGCUCUUCUGGAGUGAAUGGAAAACGGGGCCCUAGAGGACCCAUUGGAGUACCUGGACAAAAAGGCGCUCAGGGUGACCAAGGUGAGAAGGGUGUGAAAGGGCAGACAGGAAAUCAAGGCACAGGACUACCAGGCCCGGAUGGAGUUCAAGGACCUAGAGGUUAUCCAGGAUACCCAGGAGUUGCCAAGGAAGGACAACCAGGACCACAAGGUCCUCCUGGUUACAGUGGACCUCCAGGCCAGCAGGGGAUACAAGGCCCAGCAGGGGUCCCAGGAUUCUGUGAAGCCAGGGACUGUGGUAUUAAUGCUCCAUCAAUGCUAAAUGAGCAGGGGCUGGGGAUGCCAUUUUGA